AUGUCUAAGAUCGCAUCUACCUUUUCGCGCCUGGUGCGCUUCGUCCCCAAGUCCAACCCCUCCAAGGUUUUGAUUGGAGAGCCAGUCGACCCUAAGCUGGAUGUAGGACUGGCACUCUACCAAGGCCAGGAUGUUGCAGUGCGCCCUUUCUCAGGAACUUCCGUUCUGAACCCUGGCCAAGUCACCGACGCGACUGAGACCAUCUCCCGCAUUCUUUCCCCUCUGGCGCAAUCUGAAAUUGGAACUAUUCGUUGCAUUGGAUUGAACUAUGCCUCUCAUGCCAAGGAGAUGUCCCUUCCAAUCCCGGAUGUGCCGACCCUAUUCAUGAAGCCGUCUAGCUCUCUAGCAGACCCCUGGCCUGCGCCAACUGUUCUCCCCAAAAUCACACAGCAGGAUAAUACCGGCGAUUAUGAAUCCGAGAUGGUCAUUGUCAUCGGCCGCGAUGCCAAGGACGUUUCCGAGUCCGAGGCUCUAGAUUAUGUCCUCGGUUACACUGCGGCCAACGAUGUGUCAAGUCGUACUUCUCAGAUGAACCAGAGCCAGUGGUCUUUCUCCAAGGGCUUCGACGGCGCAUGCCCGAUCGGCCCCGUUCUCGCCUCCGCUGCUUUGAUCCCCGAUGUCAGCAAACUGCAGAUCCGUGGUCUCAAGAGCGGCCGUGUGAUGCAGGACUGCCCCCUGACUGAUUUGAUCUUCAGUGUCCCCCAGUUGAUCAGCUUCCUUUCUCAGGGCACCACUCUGCCCGCUGGUACUAUCAUCUUGACCGGUACUCCUCCUGGUGUUGGCGCCGCUAAGAACCCCAAGGAAUUCAUCAAGGCUGGCGAUGAGUUCGCCGUUGAGCUUCUUCCUCACAUCGGUACUCUUAUCAACAAGAUUGAGCACCAAUAG